GUUUCCAAAGAUGAUGGAUGCUCUGUCGGUGGUUUGUCAGCUGCGGGAUUUGGCCUCUGAGCCGCAGAACCGACAGGUGAUAGUCGAGGACCAAGGCUGUCUUCCUGGGCUGGUUCUUUUCCUGGAUCACAAGAAUCCGGAAGUGCUGUUCUCAACCCUACAGACUCUGCGUUAUUUGGCUGAACUGCCUCGCAACAUCCCCAUCAUGAAGAAUGAACUGGGUAUGAUGGUGAGCCUGGAGAAUUUAUUUGGAAGAGAUGGUCAGUCUGUUGACAUUACAGCUUUGGCUAAAGAGGUUUACGACAUUCUGAGUGCACCUAAUAAUCCCGCUCCCCGCACACCAGAGAGACAGAGAAGAAAGAAGUCUCAGUUCUUCAUCAACUCCUCCAACAAGAAGGCCAAGUCUGUCACAUUACACAUCCACGGACUGGACAGCACUAACCAGCGAAGCUUGUGUGAGGAGGCUCUCCUGAAAGUCAAAGGUGUGAUUAGCUUCACUUUUCAAAUGGCCUCCAAGAGAUGUACGGUCCGCAUCCGUUCAGACCUCCCCACUGAGAGUCUGGGAACGGCCAUCGCUGCCACCAAGGUGCUGUCAGCUCAGCAGGUGGUGAAAAAUGAGGCAGGUGAAGAGGUUUACAUUCCUCUGAUCUCGAGUGGAGCGCAGGUUCAGCAAAACUCAGUCCUUCCAGAUUACCUCCCGGAGGACGAGGAGAAUCCCCAGAGGGAGGUCGACCGAGCAAUUUCCCGCACCGCAGCCAAGGAAGAUACCAACGGGAGCUGGCUCAACACAGCUGCCAGUUUCCUCACAAAAACCUUCUACUGGUGAAGCUGAAGCGCUGUGAGGCACAGACUGGUUCUGGAGCGGGCGUUAUGAGCUAUGAGAC